CCACUAUGCCGCCAGGCGCUUUAGUCUUAAGUAGGUAUUUCGAGAAAAUCGUCACCCGGACCGGAGGAGAGAGAACAACUCCAGCGACAGCACGGCCUAUUCCCAAUCAAUGAUGUUGAGUCAAUUCCGCACCCUCGGGCGAACCGCCGCUCGGUCCUGCCAGAACGCGCUCGCCGUCCGACCCCACACCGUUGCCAAAUUCGUCGCAGCACCGGUAGUCCCUCGGAGGGGCAUGUCGGAUGCCCCACCAACCUCAUCCUCGACCUCAACCUCCGAACCCGAUGUGGUUGAAACUUCCCGCCGACAGCAACAGAUUAUCGACGAUGACGAUCCCCUCGACGACGACCGGCAAUGGGACUUCGACGAUAUUUCGUCUCUCGGUCACGCCGAAAUCGACACGCACCGUGAGGCGCGACACUACGCCAGAGUAGCAGCAUACGAGAUGCCGUACCUUGCUCAGUUGGCAAAGCCCUUUGUCCCCCCCACCGACGCCCAACCCCUUCGCUUCCGCUACACCACCUACAUGGGCGAAGACCAUCCGGCCGAGUCAAAAGUGGUCCUCGAGUUCUCUCCGGCUGAUCUUGGGUUGGAUAUUGGCCAGCAGGCAAAGCUGGUCAAGCUUGUCGGCCGCCGGUACCAUCCCGGCAAGAGAAUUGUCAAGAUGUCCUGCGAGAUGUUUGAGCACCAGGCCCAGAACAAGCGGUAUUUGAGUGAUCUGCUAGAUAAGCUCAUUGUGGAGGCGAAGGAUGCUACAGAUACGUUCGAGGAUAUACCAGUUGAUUUCAGGCACAUAAAGGCUAAGCCGAUGAUUGCACGACGGCCGGUGAAAUCGUUUCCUCUGGAAUGGGUUGACGCGGCGAUCCAAAGGGAAUAUGAGCGUCAUGAAAAGAUAGGCAGUCCCUUGGCCGACUGGGUCGGGGGCGCUGAGGAGAGUAUCAAGGAACGCAAGGACAAGCAAGCAGAGCGUGCGGCGGCCCGUCACAUCGCACGGCAGAAGUAUGGAGAGAGGCUCAAGAAGAGAAACCUUGUCGCCGAGGAAAGUUCAUAGGCAUAGUGAUAGAAAAUGGUUGCAAUACAACCGCUGUAUCAUAGCUGGGGGUAGGUGUACAAUUUUAUAGAUUCACCGAUCUAAUAGCCAAAAAGGUAUAGC